AUUUGAAUUCAUGAAUAUAUUUUUGGAAUAAAACUUUUAGGGACACCGAUGAAGAAGGAAGUUAUCCAGUUGAACCCGGAGAUGCCUCCCUUGGACACAAGCAUCCUCCCUUGGUCUCUCUUUCAUGAUGCAUAUACAGAAAAGAUAGUUUUCAACUACUGCAUACGCAUUAACCAAGCAACUUCUGAUGCAGAGAUGAUAAUUUGCAAUAGCUUUGAGAUGCUUGAAAAACCUAUUUUCAAGGAAAUGCCAUACAUUCUACCUAUAGGGCCACUUCAUAAUAGUUUUGAAUCAAGAGGAGAUCUUAAUUUAUGUCACUUCUGGUCUGAGGAUAACCAAUGCAUUGCUUGGCUCAACAAAUAUCCUGCAAAUUCUGUCAUAUAUGUGGCUUUUGGUAGCAUCACAAUCUUCAAUAACAUGCAAUUCCAAGAGCUAGCACUUGGCUUAGAGCUCAUCGGUAUGCCAUUCUUAUGGGUGGUAAGGCCAGACAUGACCAAUAAUUCUAUUAAUUGCACCUAUCCCUCAGGAUUCAAAGAAAGAGUUGCAGAUCGAGGGAGAAUGGUUGGCUGGUCUCCACAACAAAAGGUUUUGAAGCAUCCUGCAAUUGCUUGUUUCAUAUCACAUUGUGGUUGGAACUCAACCAUAGAAGCACUGAGAAAUGGAGUACCUUUUCUUUGUUGGCCUUACUUUGGGGACCAAUUGCUUAACCAAAGAUAUAUAACAAAUGUUUGGAAAGUAGGAUUGAGUUUUGUUCCUGAUGAGAAUGGGCUAAUUUCUAAAGAGGAGGUUGGAUCAAAAGUGCAGGAUUUGCUCAAAGAUAGAGAUAUUUUGGCACGAACUCAAGCUUUGAAGAAUUUUUCGGACAUAAGUGUGAUGGAAGGAGGGUCGUCCUUUAAGAAUCUCAAUAAGUUUGUCGAUUUUAUAAGAGAAAAUUAAGCCAAGGAGCUUGAAGACCAGUGUAAAAUGAAAAACUUGAAAGCUUGGAUAGGGAUAGAAAUGGAGAGAAAUUUUGAGUUAUGUGUUGGUGUGAGUUACUUCUGUAUUUAAUAAUGAUAUAUUAUAAAAAAUUUAUCCUUAGUUAUUUAGUGGAUAAUUUCAUAAUA